AUGGACGAAUAUUUAUCCAUGGGUCAUAUGACUCUUUGUGACGACAAUGAGGACGGCUAUUAUUUACCUCAUCACGCGGUGAUAAAGGAAUCGAGUGAGACGACGAAAGUGCGGGUAGUAUUUGACGCAUCGGCAAAAACAACUACAGGAAUUUCACUUAAUGACACUCUCAUGAUUGGUCCUACUAUUCAAAACACAAUUUUCGAGCAAAUCCUUAAGUUUCGAAUACACCGAAUCGUUGUCACUGCUGACAUCGCGAAAAUGUAUAGACAAAUUUUGAUACAUCCCGAAGAUAGAAAAUUUCAAAAGAUUUUUUGGUUUCAUGAUGUCAAAAUUAAAGCUUUUCAACUUAACACACUUACGUUUGGCACCGCGGCCGCUCCGUUUCUUGCAAUUCGAACUAUGCAUCAAUUAGCUCGUGACGAAGCUCAUGAUUUUCCAUUAGCAAGCAAACUUCUUCAACGUGAUUUUUACUUUGAUGAUUUUGUAUCAGGAGCCAAUUCCAUUGAAGAAAUUUUAACAAUUCAAAAGGAGAGGAUAUCUUUAUUGGGUCGUGGAGGUUUCCUUAUCAGGCAAUGGGCAUCGAAUCAUGAAUCCAUUUUAAAUAAUAUUGACAAAAAAUUCUUCGAUUUGGAUUGCAUGAUCAAGGAGGGUACGAUACAAAAAACGCUUGGAAUUACAUGGAAUUCGCAAGAUGAUGUACUUCAAUACACUUUGAAACACGUUAAUACUCAAGUAGUAGCCACAAAAAGAAAUUUAUUGUCUGAAUUGUCGAAGAUAUUUGAUCCGUUGGGUUUGUUAGGGCCUGUGAUUUUAUAUGCCAAACUGUUAAUUCAGGAAUGCUGGAAAGCUAAAAUUUCUUUGGAUGAAUCACUUCCACAGCACAUUUAUACGAAAUGGAAAUUACUAGCACAAUAA